AGCCCGCCAGUGCCCUGACGUCAGAAAUGGGGGAGGGCCGAAUCAAAAUUUUGGCGCGGAACGCUGGGAGCAUCCUAGUUGGGAAACUGGCGGCGCGGAGGUGACUACGGAUUUUUCUCCAGGUCCUAUUUGAUUUCUCCUUUGAAGUUCCCAUAUCAGCUGUGCUCUCAACAUGGAUGAGGAAGAAUGUGGCCUGGAUCUUCUUACUGAACUGCUGGAGGAAAAUGAAUCAGCUUUAGAAUAUGAUUCAGGGCAGAAUGGCUUCUUGAAAGAGGAAGCCAGAGAGCCUGAUGAAUUUGAUGAACUCUUUGAUGCUGAUAGUGAUAGUUCAUCUUAUAAAGAAGAGAUUGAUGAGCUUCUGGAGGCAGAAUCUGGAGACCAAAAGGAAAAUAUGGCCACUCUCUUCGGAGAUGUCAAUGAUCUGACAGACGAGGAGAAUGAAGAAACCCAGGACACCACACAGUCACUACAAUUAAGUCCCCCAGCUCCCAGCCAAGAGAAAAUUCGCCAGGAGUUACAAGAUGAACUGAAGAAAUUGCAAGAGCAGAUGAAGACAUUACAAGACCGACUAAAAAUGACUACAAUUGGGAAGUCUACGAGCCCAAAAUCUUUACAGAAAUCCUCUGGUAAGAUUUCGCACCUCCCUCUUAAGGAGCAGAAAGUUCAGAAGAUUCAGGAGUCAUCUUUGUUUUCUGCCCAGCUUGACAUCCCUGCUUUGCCAAAACCCAAACAAGUAGCCCAGAAACCAAAGGUUUUCCCUGCAGAGCACAAGAGUCCUCUUCCAGGAUCAUUACCAAAUUCAUAUUCCCAGCCCCUUAGAUCUACUGCUGGAAACAAGCCCAGUGGAGGGACUGGAAACUCGACUUUAGGAACAUCUGGACCUUCAUGUGGAACUACUCAGACUGUAUCAGUGGAAAAAUUUACUGGACUUAGGUUAAGGCGGCCCCGAGUAUCCUCCACAGAAAUGGAUAGGAAAAUGGCUGGCCGGAAAAUGAUCAGACUGUCCCAGCUCAAGAACAGGUUGGCAAGUGAGAAAUUGGAAGAAAUAGACUGGGUGACAUUUGGGGUCAUCAUGAAGAAAGUCACUCCUCAGAGUUCAAACAACGGAAAAACCUUUAGCAUCUGGAAACUGAAUGAUCUGCGUGACCUAAACCAAAAUGUCUCAUUGUUCUUAUUUGGAGAAGUCCACAAAGAACACUGGAAGACUGAACAAGGCACUGUCAUAGGAUUACUUAAUGCAAACCCCAUGAAGCCAAAGGAAGGUUCAGAUGAAGUAUGUUUGUCUAUUGAUCAUGCCCAGAAGAUUCUAAUUAUGGGUGAAGCACUUGACUUGGGAACCUGCAAAGCAAAGAAAAAGAAUGGAGAGCCUUGUACACAGAUUGUCAAUCUGAAUGAUUGUGAGUAUUGCCAGUAUCAUAUACAAUCUCAGUAUAAGAAACUCAGUGCCAAGCGAGCAGAUUUGCAGUCUUCCUUCUCUGGAGGUCAAGUGCCAAAGAAAUAUGCCCGCAAGGGCUCCAGCCUGAAAGAAAGACUAUGUCGGGAUGGCUUUUACUAUGGAGGAGUCUCUUCUGAGUCCUAUGCAGCCUCAGUUGCAUCCACCACUGCUCCUAAGAAGACUAUUCAGACCACUCUGAGCAACUUGGUUUUAAGAGGCACAGAUGCAGUUGUCCAAGAAACACGACAGAAACUAGGUCUUCCACAGAAGAAUAUUUCAUGUUCUGAGGAAUUUAAGCAGUUAAUGGAUUUACCUACAGUUGGAGCAAGAAACCUAAAAAAACAUUUGGCCAAAUCCAAAUCACCAGGAGUUCUGGGAAAUCCUCGUCCUCUUGUUCAAUCCAUCCCUGCAUCAGCUUUACUGAAACAACAGAAACAACAAAUGUUGGAAAUGAGGAAAAAGAGAACAGAGGAAAUCCAGAAGCGGUUUCUUGAAAGUACAGCUGGAGUCAAAAGACCAGCUUCAUUUUCAUCUUCAGAGAAUUCCACUUUGCAGUCUCCGAGGCCAGGGGCGGAAUUCCCGAAGGUGAAAAGAUCCCUCAGUCCACAGACCCCCAAGCUUGGACGAGGAUUUUCAGAAGGAGAUGAUAUUCUCUUCUUUGACGACUCUCCUCCACCGGGACCAAAGUUGAGCGCUUUAGCAGAAACGAAGAAGUUAACAGCUAUUGCUAAAUUGAGAGCCAAAGGUCAGGUCCUUACUAAAGCAGAUCCAAACUGUAUUAAACGGAAGCAGUGUGACCCUCAGAGUGUCUUGGAGAUAUCAGAGCGUGUGGAGAAAAGCACCUCAUCAUCACCAGCUGAGGACGACCCAGAACCUGCCCAAAAGAGACGUCGAGAGCAGUUGGCCUACCUGGAAUCUGAGGAGUUCCAGAAAAUUCUCAGAGCUAGAUCCAAGCACACUGAGGUGCUGAAGGAGGCCGAGGCAGAUCUACAGGAACGCUAUUUUGAACCACUGGUGAAAAAAGAACAAAUGGAAGAAAAAAUGAAAAGUAUUAGGGAAGUGAAAUGCCGAGUGGUAACAUGCAAAACGUGCAAGUAUACCCACUUCAAGCUCUUGGAAACUUGUGUCAAUGAGAAUCAUGAUUACCAUUGGCAUGAUGGUGUGAAGCGGUUUUUCAAGUGCCCCUGUGGAAACAGAAGCAUAUCUCUUGACAGACUACCUCAGAAGCACUGCAGUAACUGUGGCCUCUUUAAAUGGGAAAGGGAUGGAAUGCUAAAAGAGAAAACUGGGCCAAAAAUUGGUGGAGAGACUUUGUUACCAAGAGGAGAAGAACAUGCCAGAUUUUUGAAUAGCCUUAAAUAGCCCUGUCUUCAGUAGUUAACAUACUACCUGUCUCGCUUCCUGAAUCUCCAGAAAAACAACCUAUUGAUUCAAUAUUGACCAUAAAAGAUAUUUAAAAAAAAACAAAACAACAACAACCAGUAAGCCAAAAAGAAACACCCAUCUGCUUGCUUUUACCAGAUUGGUCCAAGUACAGAUAUUGACAUCUAAAAUAAUAGAUGAAGACAGAGGUAUUUCCUGUUUUUUUCCCAAGGACUGAUACCUUAACUAUUGGGUUCAGAGAAGGGUCACUGUUCAAAGAGCACAAGCCAUUUAAGCCAUACUGUUUUCUUUCAUGCAGUUUAAGAUACUACAUAUCAGGAUAAGAAGGUCCCCUAGUACAUAUCAAACAUCCAGUGAUGAAAUAGAUCUAUACCUUUCUGUCUCAGAUUUUUUUUUUCUUACACUUAGAGUGGAAAACAGGUGGUUGGUUUCACUUCCUUUCAUCUGUUUUAUUUUAUGACCUUGAUCAAGUCUUUGAACUGCUUUAUUUCUCAUUUUCUGCACAAUAGCCCAGAAUACUAUUCUCUCUGAGUGACUCUCGGUGAGUGAAUGGAUGAAAAAGCUUUAUGAAUACUUAACAGUAUGCAAAAUGCUACAGAAAGGGAUUGUUUUUGUUUUUCUCCAAAAAGAAAAAGGUCAAUGAAAUUUAAGAACCUCCGUCUCUGUCCAGUACAAACUGAAGAAUUGUUAAAUAUGACUACUGAAAGCAAAUAACUUACUGCCUGAAAAACCUUUUAUAUGGGAUUAAAACAAGAGGGAGCAACUCCAUUUAAGGAUGGGGAUCUUGAGCUAUCUUAGGUUCUGGAGAACAAAUUCAAGUCCUUCCUCCAAGUUCAUCAAAUCACUAAUUUGUAUAAUAGUAGAUGGGUGCUUUGUUUUUCAUAAAGUUAUAUAUCUCAAUAACUGCAUUCUCUGGAGUUUCACAUUUUCAAGUAGGUGUUUUUAUUAUUUACUAAUGAAGAAUACACCAUUAUCUUAGCUCACUGAGCCAGAAAACACUUGGAAAUACUGAAGCAUUUGUAAUGGUUCGUUUCAAAUGAAUGUCUUAUUCUGAUCAGUGGAUUAAAGCAGUUGAGUCCUUGAAAGCAUUUUAUAAGUUCUUCCUUAGAACCUGAAUAUGAACAGGCUUUUUGAACAUUCUUCUGGCCCUUAGGAACACUCUUGCUACACAGCAAACUUGUUUUUCCUUUGAUCAAAAUGAGAGACCAGAUGGAUUGGAGAAAGCUCUGUAUUGUUACCUGGCUGGUAGAAAGAAAAGUUUGUAGUGCUCGUCUCUUGUCUUAGCCAAUGAUGGAUGACCUCAGCUAUCGAGUGAGGGUGAGAGAAUUGAUUUUGGGAUGCAGUGUUUACUCUGUACAGUAGUAAUAAGAAACUUACCUCCAACUACAAGAAUGAACCACACAGCUCCUUUAAUUGUAUUCUCUUUACAUGUUUCCUAUACUACCAUAAUAAAUGUAUCCUUUUCCUAACCUUGGUCAUUGGUAACUUGGAUUUCCACAGUAUUUAGGUCUCAUCUUGGCUUUGUUAAACCUUCCAGCUUGACUGUUAAAGUAGAACCAUAAAAUUAUAGAUUCAGAGCAGGAAUGGAUCCUCGAGGAUCUAGUCUAAACAAUUUCAAUUUGUGAGAGAAAUGAGCCCAGAGAAACUAAAAUGACUUGGGCCCAAAGAAGUAAUUGUCAAAGCUGGGAUUCAGGCCUAGAUCCUCUGAUUCUUUGUAGAUAAUCAUUUGAAGAGGGAAUCCUGGAUAGUGAAGAAUGAGAAAGAUUUGAAUGUUGUAUUCAUUGUGUAAAUCCUUUGGGUGGCUUGAAGGGUAUGUUUUAAGUAAUAUUUAAACUUUUAAUAAAUGUUUCUGGAAUUGAAUUAAUCACAUUUUACAUUUAGGUUGGGAGGUAAAUCAAAAACCUUGUUUUUUAGCCUGAGUUCUUCCCUUCUCUGUAAACCCUAGGAAAGUUGAUUCUAUGGGUCUUUUGUUUUCUUACUUGCAAAAUGAAGGGAGGCCCCUUCCAGUUGUAACAUUCUGUGAUUCUAAGAAGAAUGGGGGAAGACACAGUUUGCAAUCAGCUUACAUUUAAAAAAAAAAAAAAAAAAGACAGUAGGACCUUUAGGUGAUCACAAACAAAAGCCAACAGUGAGAUAUGACUAUAUUCACAAUAGUUCAGUCUCCAGAUUAAGCAGCACCCUGUACCAUGUAUUCUGUGUCCCACAGGCAGCAUGAGGGAAAGCUGGAGACCACAUUGUGAGUUUGGAACAGUAGCAGAGACUCAGUUGGAAGAAAAGACUUCAGAGAUCAUCACAAUUGUCCUCAAAGAUCUGAACAGCUGUGACAUGAGGGAAUUUUGCUUAUUUGUGUCCCAAAGGGCAGAACUAGAGACAAUAAAUGAAAAUUUCAGGUGGCAGAUUCAAUUUGAUUCCAUGAAAUGAGGUUUUUUUUGAAGAGGGAGUUCCCUAUUCCUGAAAGGAUUAAAUUGGUGCUAGAAUGCCAACUUGAUAUCCUCUAAAGUGCCGUGAUUCCACUUUAUACUCCUUUUAGAUUGACUUGGAGGUCCUCAAAGAGCAGUAUUUAUAGAAUCAAGAUUUGUCUUCUAUGAGUGUAGAAGUAAUUAUGAACUAAAUAAAAGGGGAAAAAAAUAUCCCAAAGCAAGCUUGAUCUCUGUCACCAAAUAGGAUUAUUUGAAGAGUUGGAGGAAAGCCCCGCCACCUAAAAACAUCUACAUUAACUGAUGAUUGGGAUUUUAAUGUACUUCCUCUGCUGUGCUUCACUUAUCUGCAAAAAUAACAAUUCUUGAUUAGAGCUGCUAUCCUCAAAUGUCAUUCACACUAAAGCUUUGUGAACUUACUUGGCUUUUGCCCAUCAGAGAAUAUGGUGGACUUGAACAAGAAGGAGAUGGUGAUGGGGAGAAAAAUGGUGCAGAAGCAUGAGACUUGUGGUCCUGAAGGCACCCUUUUCUUCACAGUUUUACCAGGAGAUUUCUUUGUCUAAAAGGACUAAUCCUGUUUUACUAAUUUUUAGCUUAAAUGUGACAAUACCACAUCCUAGGCAGUGUUCAAGUAUGGUUUAUCCUGCCAAGGAUAUUACUUCAAUUGAAAUAUACCACUGAAAUCUAAUACAGGAUUUGAAAACUCAUGUGGCAUAAUGCAUCCCUUGUUAAGAAUUUGGGGAGGGAGGGAAGCAAUAGAAUUCAUGGUUGAGCCUAGUAAACAUUUUCUGCUAGGAUUAUUUAUCCAGACUGGCAAGUCUGGCCAUUGAAAAGGAAAACUUCCUUUGGUCACCAAAACAACCCUUGUUUUUAAAUUUCUGUAUAGUCGUCUGUCACUUAAAAGAAAUGUGUGCAUACAAAGGCAUAUAUAAAAGGUGAUGAGUAUUGAUUUCUCUGUUAGCAUGAUGUGGAAAGAGCUCUGGAUUUGGAAUCAGGAAACUUAACUUGUUUCCCAGCCUUGCUUCUUGCUGACUAACUUUGGAUAAGUCACUUCUUUAGUCUCUUGGAUAGAGAAGAACUUUAUGUGGACCUGGGCAAUUUAAUAAAAUUUAAAGCAUUUUGCAUCUU